AUGGAGGUAGUGACGGGUGCCAUCGGAAGCCUGCUUCCAAAGCUGGGCGAGCUGCUUAAGGAGGAGUACAAGCUGCAGAAGGGCGCCAAGAAAGAUGUCCAGUCUCUUACGAGAGAAGUUGUGAGCAUGCAGGCUGCCCUUGGCAAGGUAGGGCAGAUCCCGCGUGAGCAGCUCGACGAGCAGGUCAAGCUAUGGGCAGGAGAAGUCAGGGAGCUAUCCUAUGUCAUGGAGGACACAAUCGACACCUUUCUGGUCCGCGUCGAGGGCUCUGAGCCUGAGGUCAACUCAGACGGCUCCGCUUUCGGUGCGCUCAUGAAGAAGAUGGUCAAAUUGUUCGACAAGGGCAAGACUCGCCAUCAGAUUGCAGAUGCGAUCAAGGACAUUAAGGACCGGGUCCAGGAGGUUGCUCAACGGCGAAGCAACUACAAGAUCGAUGACAUCGUCGCAAGUCCUCCUUCCUCAACCACCAUCGACCCCCGUCUCUCGGCUCUCUACAACAAGAUUACUGACCUUGUUGGCAUCGAUGAGCCGAGGGAGGAGCUAAUCAAGAGGCUCGCGGAGGGCGGCGAUGCAAUCAAGGUUGUCUCCCUUGCUGGAUUUGGGGGAUUGGGCAAGACAACUCUUGCCAAAGCAGUAUAUGAAAGCUUGAGAGCACAGUUUGAUUGCGCGGCCUUUGUUUCGGUGUCUCAGAAUCCUGACAUAACAAGGGUCUUCAAGAAGAUGUUGCAUCAACUUGACCAUAAAAAAUACGCCCACAUCAACGAAGCAUCAUGGGAUGAAACACAACUCAUCGAUGAACUAAGGGAGUUCCUUCGGACAAAGAGGUUCUGCCAGUACACCCUCUCUAAUUAA